CAUCCUAUGUUCCGCACUUCUUAACCAUAUCCAAACCCCAAAGAAAUACAAUAAAUAAAGAAAACCCACCCUCUCCCUCCCCUCUAUACAGCACUGAUGCACACAUGGUAUAUCUCCUCUAUCACCAUCCAUAUCUAUCUCUCGUGGCCCAGCUGGACCAAAAUUUGUGUAGGAGAAAAAGGAAAAACGAAAGAAGGAAAAUAGAUACACAGAGAGAAGAGGAAAGGAAAGGAAGUUGUCUUCUAAUGUCCUUCAACCACAAACACUUCCCUCAAAUACCCCUUCUCUCUCUCCCUAUUCUUCCUUAUGGGCUUAUUUCGGUUUCUCACACUCAUUCAAAGCUCCCAAGAGAGAGAAUAUUCAAUAUCCAGAACCCUCUUUCCUUUUCUUUCUCUAUAUUUAAACCCGUAUAUUAUCUCCUCUCUCUCACAUUAUACGCAUAUAUACUAAAGCUUGAUCUUUCUUCCUGAUCUGGGUAUGACUUCUGCUUGAAAUUUUCGUUGAUUGAUAUGAGAGAUUGAAGAAGAUGAUGAAAAGGGCUUCCGUGGAUUUUCAUAAAUCUCAUGGUGUUGAUGAAGAGGCUACGAGUAGACUCAAACAUCAAGCCCUAUUACAAGAGUUAUUGAAAUUGCAAAAGGAAUUUGUUUCAAAGAAGAGGAAAUUGCAGACUGCAAAGCAAAAGAGGGAUACCCUUUUGACAGAAGUCCGAUUCCUGAGGCGACGGCAAAGAUAUUUGGUGAAAUAUCAAUCUCCGAAACAUGACAUGGAAAAAUAUUUUGUUCAUCAGCAAAAUGCAGACAUCCAAAUAGGAAAGCUUGAAGGAGAAAGAAAUCAUAAUAGUGCCCAGGAAAUUUUGGUCAAGAAUUCAAAUAAGGGACCUAAAGAGGGGGAAGGAGAAGGGGAAGAGCCAGUUUCCAGGAAUGCAUGGAGAGUUGGAAGGAAGCCUCAGAGUUACUUGUUUGAUGACAAAAGAGUGGGCAAGAAGAAAAUCUUAUGGCAAGAUCCAGUGACAUUGAAGGUCUAAAUUUCCAAAUCAAUCUGCUAAAGAAAUACUAUCUGUUAUCUCUCAUUACAUUGACUUGUUAAUUCUUAUUUUUUUCCUAUUUUGACUUUUCUAUUAUUUCUUUUGGUACUGUCCACCCGCCUUCCUUUUAAAGCCAUGUAAACUGUGAAGGGAUAUACCAUAUAAGUUCAGUAUACAUGAAAAUUUGAUGUCCAUCUCUCAG